AUGAAACGAUUACGUGUAACGAUGUCGACUUUUCCUCUUCUAUCAUUUAUUUUUCUAAUAUAUUUAAUUGUUGUUUAUUCUGAUCAAGAAUUUUCAAUAUCUGCUCAGAAAUCUGAGAAUAAUAAUCAACAUCAACUAUCAUCGCCAGCAAAAGGUCGCUCUCGUCUUCGUCGACGUGAAUUUGUUCAAGAAGAAGUACGAAAAACAAUGUUUCAAUAUAUGACAAGUUUAAAAGGUGAAAUAACCGAUGUUGUUCUUGAAGAAAUGAUCAAUUAUUAUAAUGGUCAAACAUCAAAAUUAUAUCGAUUAGAAAAAGAAUUGGUUAAUUUGAAACAAAAUUCAUCUAUGAAACCUGAUCAACAACAAUUUCUAGAAAAAUUCAAGACAGAAAUUAUACAACUAUCUCGACAACAGCGUUCAUUUGCAACAAAUAUUAGUUCAAUUGAAAGAAAAGUAACAAAUAUAACCGAAAUUUUAAAUGAUAUAACACAACGGCUAAUUGAAAUUGAUCAUGGAGCCUCUUCAACACAUGACAGUAAUAAAACAACGACAAACAUUGACCAACAGGCUAAAGAUGAACAACAACAGCAACAGCAACAACAACAGCAACAAACCAAUAGUCAUGUAAGACGCUUGGUAUCGUCACCAAUUGUUAAGAAAGAUCUUGAAGAAGUUGAAACGCCAACAGUAACUAUUCUAAUUCUUCCAGAUUGUGAUGAUCUUCUAAAACAACGUCCAUCAACAUAUCAAGGUGGCAUAUUUCGAAUAAAACCAAGAAAUUAUGGUGAACCAUUCGAUGUUCAUUGUGUCUUUGAGAACAAUACGGGUUACAAUGAGGAGAAUAUAUCUAUAAAUUGGAUAUCACCUAAAUUCAAACGAGUUUAUGUUUUCAAAAUUUUAAAAUUGAAAUUAAUAAAAUCUGAAAAAUUACCCACGAUUUUAUAUAAUGAAAUUGUAUUUGAAUAUUUAAAAGCUUGGACGAUAAUUCAACGACGAGUAAAUGGCAGUGUUGACUUUUAUCGUGGUUGGAAAGACUAUAAAACUGGUUUUGGAGAUUUGCGUGGUGAACAUUGGCUAGGAUUGUCUAAAAUUCAUGCAUUAACAUCUCAAGGACGAUAUAUGUAUGCUAUAUUAAAAUGUCUGAAAUAUUUUUCUAUACUAUAUGUUUUUUGUUUACGCAGGUUACGUAUUGAUUUAUUACCAUGGGAUGCAACGGUACGAUACGCUGAAUAUGGAAAAUUUUCAGUUGGGAAUGAAACAAAUAAAUAUAAAUUAUCAGCAUUGCAAUAUCGAGCUAGUUCAACAGCUGGUGACAGUAUUUCAGCACCUUGGGACACUGCCAACGGUUCACCAUUUUCAACCUUUGAUAAUGACAAUGACAAACUUUUUUAUGACAAUUGUGCACUGACAUAUCACGGAGCAUGGUGGUUUACAUCCUGUUUUCAAUCUCAUUUAAAUGGACAGUACAUUCGUUCGCCAUUGGCCUUGUAUAAUACUGCUCGAAAUGGAAUUCAUUGGAAUACAUAUGGGCUCUAUCAUUCAAUGAGAGAAACGACUAUGAGAAUAAGACGUAGUCAACCAUAUCGAUCCUAUGAACGAAAAUAUGUUGAGUCGGAUUGA